GACUAAUCCUAUUAUGAUGAUUCAUUGUCCUGUGAGCGGUCGCCCCGCCACGAACUAGUGCGCAAGAGGAAGGUCUCCAGACCAUAGGAACCAGUACGGGCUAUCUACAGUGCCUAAUGAUUGCUCGAUUGGGCAAACCAGCCCUUUCUUAUUAGUCAUGGCUUUUAUCCAAGAUUUCGAUUACCCAUUGACAGCGGUGUGGGGGAGGGAACCUGGGGUAAUGCUUAGAGCAGUAUAAGUAGGGCUGCGUCAACUGUGCAGGUCAAGCAUUUACUUUAUAAACCAACAUAUUGUUCAUUUGAAUUUCUAGAAUUUUUUUUGGUGAACACAUCAUGGUUGCUUUACUCCCCUUUCUUCUCUCUCUGGGCCUCACCGCCGCGCUGCCCAAUCCUGCCUCGACACCUGCACGCACCCUCAGCCGCCGUAACGAGGCCUGGGAUACUUGGUGCGGUGCCGUUCAGUACAGACCCCCUGGCAAGGUCAAGAGCGUAGAGGCUUCCUGGGUUGUUCCUAAUGUCUACCCGCCACCUGGAGGAAGCUCCCAAACCGACUGGGUCGAGUAUCACUGGGUUGGCAUUGACGGUGCUGGCGAUUGCCAGACUGGUAUCCUGCAGGCUGGUACCAGCGGUGAUAUCCAGAACGGCUACGUCAACACGCAGUUCUGGUACGAGUUCUGGCCAGACUACCCCGUGUUUGUCAAUGACUUCCCUGUGAGCCCUGGCCACGAGGUGUACGUCAAGGUUACUGCUUCCGACUCCCGCACGGGCACUGUUUACCUUCAAAACAAGAGCACCGGCAAGCAGCGCACAAUUCCCAUGAGCAUGCAGUCUCAAGGCAACCUCUGCUUCUCCACGGCCGAGUUCAUUGCUGAGGAUCCCCAUACCUCUACACAAUGGUGGCCUCUAGCCCGCUUCGACGGCACCACCAUGACUGGAUGCAAGGGCACCACCUUUGACGGCCAGGGAUUUGGCCUCGACGGCGCUAAUGUUGGUAACAUGGUGCAGAACGGACAAACCAAGUGCCAGGCUCAGAUCAAGGGCUCAGACUCCGUCUACUUGGUUGGCUGAGCGUUGCUGCCCAGAGCAAAGUUAAUCCUCCC